AUGGAAACACUAUCUCUAGCUGUAUGGGCUGUUGCCUCGGCCAUGGCCGUGGUUUCUUUCCUGUGGGCGUAUAGAUGGAGCCAUCCCAAGGUAAACGGCAGGCUGCCUCCGGGCUCCCUCGGCCUCCCUCUCCUUGGCGAGACCAUGCAGUUCUUCGCUCCGAACCCUACUUGCGAUGUCUCCCCCUUUGUCAAGGACAGAGUGAACAGGUACGGUACUGUCUUCAAGACCAGCGUUGUCGGGCGGGCGGUGAUCGUGUCCGCCGACCCGGACCUGAACCACUAUGUGUUCCAGCAAGAGGGGAAGCUGUUCGAGAGCUGGUACCCGGCCACGUUCACCGAGAUCUUCGGCCGCGACAACGUCGGCUCCCUCCACGGCUUCAUGUACAAGUACCUCAAGACCCUCGUGCUCCGGCUGUAUGGCCAGGAGAACCUCCGGGCGGUGCUCCUUGCUGAAACUGAUGCCGCCUGCCGCACCACCCUCGCCUCGUGGGCAGGCCAGCAAAGCAUCGAGCUCAAGGACGGCCUCUCCGCCAUGAUCUUUGACAUUACUGCGAAGAAGUUGAUCGGCUACGAGCCGUCAAAGCCAUCUGAGAACCUGAGGAAGAACUUCGUGGCCUUCAUCCGCGGCCUGAUCUCCUUCCCGAUGGACAUCCCCGGCACUGCAUAUCAUGAGUGCAUGAAGGGGAGGAGGAACGCCAUGAAGGUGCUCAAGGGGAUGAUGAAGGAGAGGAUGGCCGACCCGGGGAGGAAGCGCGAGGACUUCCUAGACAUCAUGAUCGAGGAGCUGAGAAAGGAGAACCCCGUCCUGACGGAGGCCGUGGCGCUGGACCUCAUGUUCGUGCUCCUCUUCGCGAGCUUCGAGACGACGGCCUUGGCCCUCACGCUAGGCAUCAAGCUCCUCACUGACAACCCAAGGGUGCUUGAGACGUUAACGGAGGAACACGAGGCGAUUGUCAGGAACAGGAAGGACCCAGAUGCCGGCCUCACAUGGGCAGAGUACAAGUCCAUGACCUUCACCUCUCAGGUCACGUUGGAGAUAGCAAGGAUAGCCAACAUCGUGCCCGGUAUUUUUCGGAAGGCCUUGCAAGACAUUGAAUUCAAAGGCUACACUAUUCCAGCAGGUUGGGCAGUCAUGGUUUGUCCUCCAGCAGUGCACUUAAAUCCAGAAAUUUACGAAGAUCCAUUGGCGUUUAAUCCAUGGAGGUGGCAGGACAAGAUGGAAAUCACCGGAGGAACCAAGCAUUUUAUGGCCUUCGGUGGAGGUCUCCGGUUCUGUGUCGGAACCGACCUCACCAAGGUCCUGAUGGCAACCUUCAUGCACUGCCUGGUGACAAAAUACAGAUGGAGGAUGGUGAAAGGAGGGAACAUAGUCCGUACCCCAGGACUGAGCUUCCCAGAUGGGUUUCACCUUCAGCUCUUCCCUAAGAACUGA